UAAUGCAUCUUGAUCCAUUGAUUGGAGGCAGAGCAUAUGCUCCUCCGUGUUCAAAAUUAUUCCCCAACCCUCUCCCAGGAAAAGAAUAUCCAUUUGGAGAGUCUCCUCCCAUGGCCCCCCAGAUUCUCCUUUCUCUCUGUUCUUCGCAUCACUUGGCAUUUAUCAAAUCCAAAAACUAACCCACAAGGAAUCAAGAAAAACCCAACCCCCUCCAAAAAAUUCUUUCUUCCAAUUCACCAGCAGUUUUUACACACAGUAGGAUUAGUAUUUAACUUCAUCAAACCAAAAUCAUCAUGUCCACCUCUUCUCUCUCUAUAAAUCCUGCUCUCUCUCCUCCCCCCUUCUUUGCUUCUACUUCUUCUUCUUGCUCGUAUAAGUAUACUCCUACAGUCUUUGCUUCCAAAGUUUCUUGCUUUUGUACAUCCGGGACAUCGAAGCCCAUUUGUCAAAUUUGUGUAAAGGUUCAAUCUUGGCAGUGUAAACGGUCCAAAAAGAGUAAAGAGCUCACAGUUUUGAAAAUUAGACCCUUUCAUCGAAGACCCUUUGUAGCAGCUUGCACUGGCAGCAACAUGACUAUUCGAGAGUAUGGAGAAGAAGAGGAAGAGGAGAACCCUCCUCCUUUGCUGGAGUCUGAGAUGAAUUCUAGGCCUCGACGCAUUGCUCUCUUUGUUGAGCCAUCUCCCUUUGCUUAUGUCUCUGGUUAUAAAAACAGGUUCCAGAAUUUCAUUAAGUAUCUACGUGAAAUGGGGGAUGAGGUCAUGGUAGUGACAACACAUGAAGGAGUACCGGAAGAGUUUUAUGGAGCUAAAUUGAUUGGCUCAAGAAGCUUCCCCUGUCCGUGGUACCAAAAGGUUCCCCUGUCACUAGCACUCAGCCCAAGAAUAAUCUCAGCGGUGGCCCAAUUCAAGCCUGAUAUUAUACAUGCAUCAUCUCCUGGUAUUAUGGUAUUUGGCGCUCUCGCCAUUGCAAAAUUACUAUCUGUACCUAUAGUGAUGUCAUAUCACACCCAUGUCCCUGUAUAUAUUCCCAGAUAUACCUUCAGUUGGCUGGUCAAACCAAUGUGGUUAGUUAUAAAAUUUCUACAUAGAGCUGCCGAUCUUACGCUGGUGCCUUCUGCUGCUAUUGCAAAGGAUCUUGAAGCCGCAAGAGUAGCAGCAGCUAACAGGAUACGCCUCUGGAAUAAGGGUGUUGAUUCUGAUAGCUUCCAUCCGCGGUUUUGCUCUCACGAAAUGAGGUUAAGAUUAAGCAAUGGGGAACCCGACAGACCACUGAUAGUUCAUGUAGGACGGCUUGGAGUUGAGAAGAGCUUGGAUUUCCUCAAAAGGGUAAUGGAUGGGCUUCCAGAGGCCCGAAUAGCGUUCAUUGGGGACGGACCAUACAGAGAGGAGCUGGAGAAGAUGUUCUCCGGCAUGCCUGCAGUGUUUACAGGGAUGUUACAAGGAGAAGAGCUUUCUCAAGCGUACGCCAGUGGAGAUGUUUUUGUCAUGCCUUCAGAAUCCGAGACGCUUGGACUUGUUGUUUUGGAGGCCAUGUCGUCUGGACUUCCAGUAGUUGCUGCUCGUGCUGGAGGUAUCCCAGAUAUCAUUCCCGAAGAUCAGCAGGGAAAAACAGGCUAUCUGUUUAAUCCUGGAGAUCUUGAUGAUUGCUUGAGCAAACUGAAACCCCUUCUGCACAAUCAAGAACUUAGAGAAACUAUAGGGAAAGCAGCACGUGUAGAAAUGGAGAAGUAUGAUUGGCGAGCAGCCACCCGGAAGAUACGUAACGAACAAUAUAAUGCCGCCAUUUGGUUCUGGAGGAAGAAGAGAGCACAGUUCUUGCGACCAUUCCAGUGGUUAUUCCGUCGGGUGUUCCGGGCCCCUGCAAUUGAAAUGUAAAGCUUUCAUUAUUUGCUGCGUUCGUAUAUCAGAUGAAGGUAUAUUCUGAGGAAGCUUGUUUUCUAAAAUGAAACCUCCAAUUUGCUGAUUGCUUGUAUUCACAACUUGGAUAGUUGCCUGUUGUAUUCUAUCUUUCAUUCAUUACAUUGAUGAUUUAGGUCU